CAUGUCAGCCAACAUUAGCAUGGUGACCAAUGAUAGAAUCAUAAUUAAGCGCUUAAUUUAAAAAACUUCUAGAACAUUCAAGAAAUUUCAAAUCAAAUUUUAUCAUGCAGGGGUUGAUUAAAUAUAAAAUAGAAAAAAAAAACAACGACAACAAACGUUUUACCAAACAACAAAAAAUGUUUUUAACUUCAAAUAAUGCACUUUUAGAUGUAAAUAAAAUAUGAUCUCAUUUCCGUAAAUAGAUGUAGUACUACUAUUAAUUUUUAAAGACCUUCAAAAUACGUUUCAAUUAGUUUACUUGAGAAAGCUGUAUAAAAUAUUCAGUGCCACCUUUUAUUGAUCAUUAGGUUGCGAUAAAAUUAUCAUGUGACGAAAUGAUUAUACAUAGUAUUAGUUUUCUGUAGAUGAACAGCAAUAAUUUCGAGCACUGGAAAGUGAAAAAGUGUAAAACAUUUAGCAACAUAAAAUGGGUAAUUCUCCAAGUUCUGAGUGGUUAAAUAAAUUUAAAGAGAUAAAAACUAACCAUGAUAAAGCAUUUUAUAUUAUUGAUGAAGGACUUACGUUAGAUGAGAAUUCAAACGUAAUACAGGCAGUAGAAAAAUAUAAAGAAGGUUUAAAUUUAAUUGAUGAUGCGCUAAAUGUGAAUGUAUCAAUGCCAGAAACAGCCGAUUAUUAUUGGGAAGAAGCUCUUCGAAUGAUUCAAAAAAUGAAAAAAACCCGAAAGGAAAUACACGAUAGAAUACAAAGUAUCCAAGGCAUUUAUUUAACUUAUAACGAAGAUAACAGCGAUAAUUUACGUAUAACUCAAAAAAGUGUUUUAUAUUAUUAUGCCGAAUUGUCGAAAAUGAUUUUGGAUUUUUGUGUGAAAUUGGAAGAUUACGAUUCUGAUAUUAUUUACACGUAUUUACAAAUCAAAUUAUUUUUUGUUUCUUCAAAUGGAAUAGUUAAACAAGCAUCUAAAUAUCAGAAAUUGGUCAUCGCAUUUAUGAAAGAUAACGAGGAUCAAAACAAAUCACAAUAUUUUAUUCAAAUAGGAGCUUACAUUUAUCCACUUUUUGAUGGAAUUUGUCCAUGUUAUAGAACUAAUUAUGGUGUCUCUAUUUUGCCUGAUGUUAAUGCAGAAAAUCAAGGAACACCAUGUAUUGGAUUUACCUUGGAAGAUUCUUCGGAUACAACUGGUUUUGAAUUAUUCGAAAAUGUGUUCCAGACACUGACCAACUCAGAAACGGAAAAUAAUACAAGGAAAAUAAACGAAAUGGCGUCUACUCCAGAGUUUCAAACAAUUUAUAAAAACUUGGAAACUUAUGGGAAUAUAUUAGAUAGAAGUUUAAUGGAAGAAAAAAUUGAAAUUGUUGAACUUCAGUCAAAUGAUUUGGCGAAUGCUUUUUUUAGCACCGACGAAAAUAUUUUUGGCACAUUAUAUCAAUUAGUUUAUAUAACUCCUGAAGAAAUGAUUUUAGAACACUCCCAAGAUACUAAUGACAAUGAAAAGAAAUCGAACAAAGACCCCAAUCAAAACAACACUAAUAAAUGUUACCCCAAUUUAUCUGAUGAGGAGCACUAAAAAUAAAAGAACAACAAAAAAUUGUUGUUAAUAGAUUUUGUUAAUAUUUAAUGUGUUUUAAAGGCAUUUUAUACGGCUGUGAUCAUAUGUGAUGUUCAAUGUUGUUUUUGUAUUAUAUAAAAUUUUAUAAACUUGUUAACUUAU